AUGAGUGAUCUUGCCUCUCGCAGUCACCGAUCACCGCCGCCUCCGGCGGCCGAUGCGGCGGUAAACGGCGCUCCUAAGGACUCCAAACCGAUAUCGUCGUUGACUCGCCUCCUCAAUGAGUCACUGUCGAAUAUGUCGUCGCCGCCGUUACUGAAGGUGAACUCCGCCGAAGCCGACAAACCCAGCCCCGACCCGGUGUUCCUGAUGCCUGAUGGUCGUCUUGAACCGGCGGGGGAUGGCACCGACCAUUUCGGGCCCGUUGACGGCGGAUUCAGAGGUGGUGCCGCGGUGGCAGCGUCGGCGGCAGCCAUGGAUUACGCCCCAAUGAGUCCCCAAGUACCGUCGACACGGGCGUAUUCAAACCUGGUGCUGUCGCACAACCUGGUUUUUCAACGCCCAGCGCCGUCAGCGUCGCCUCGGAUCAUCAAAAAUAACUCAGUGUCUCACCUGUUCUAUGGGGGCACCGAACUGUUGCUGACACUGAUCCCUUAUCUGGCACCCGGUGGUACCACAACCCAACCGUCAAAGCUCUCGCAAUCGUUGUCCUCUGCUAACACUAGCGAACUGGUGGUGCCGAAUUUGCCCAACGGACAACCAAUCUCGUCAAUCCACAUCUCGUCACCGCAAGUGACGUCGCUGCUGAUUGAUCAGCGAUUCGUCGUGUCGAAACUGCGGCUAGCCCAAUCGUACGGCACUAAUCAGAGGGAGCGAUCCCAACUGGGUGGGUUGUCGUUUUUCUUCGGUUCCAAACCCAAGACUGGGCCGUCGCGUCGAGAGUCGCUGUCCACGGAUCUCGGACUGUUCUACAAUAAUCUGUACUCGGAAAACGCGAUCCUGUGCUCACCGUCGCUGGUGGAAUCGAGUGAGCUGUUCACACCGCUGUCGAGGCACAACUCCAUGGCUAACUUGAAAAGAUUUUUCCGAAAGCCCCUGACGCCGCAACCGGGAUCGCUGCCAUCUAACCUUCUGUCGCUGGUGCGGCUGCCGCCAGGAGUGGCAAUACCUCUGUCUGGUAAUGUGGUUCACGGUUUCGAGCCAUCUCUGUACUCGAAUAAUAUAUCGGUAUUUGGGCUGAACUCACUGGUAUCCCAAUCACCUACCAUGCUGAUGAUGCGUCUGAACUCGAUGCUGACGGCUCAACAAGAGCGUCGGGGAUCCAUCACCGGAUCGACGCCGCAGGCACCGUUCUCGAAGAGAUACUCCAAGAUGGGAGACAACUUGGGCGCAGGCGCCGGGGGUGCAGUGAAAUUGGCCACCAGACUAUCUGACAAAAAAAUAUUCGCCAUUAAAGAGUUUCGGACGAAGCAUCAAAAUGAGACCAAACGUGAUUACGCGAAAAAGAUCACGGGCGAGUAUUGCAUCGGGUCGACAUUAAAACACCCUAAUAUCAUCGAGACGGUAGAGAUUUGUUAUGAAAACGAACGCAUUUUGCAAGUUAUGGAGUACUGUGAUUUUGAUUUGUUCGCCAUCGUCAUGCUGAAUAAGAUGAGUCGUGAAGAGAUCAAUUGCUGCUUCAAGCAGGUGUUGUCCGGAAUCCAAUACAUACACGCCAUGGGGUUGGCUCACAGAGAUUUGAAGUUGGACAACUGUGUUAUUGAUGCUCGAGGUAUUGUCAAAAUCAUAGAUUUCGGAUCAGCCGUGGUGUUUUCGUACCCGUUCACUAAAACCUUAAUUGAAAGUCUGGGCAUCGUGGGCUCUGAUCCGUACUUGGCACCUGAGGUUUGUGUGUUCCACAAGUAUGACCCCCGGCCCGUUGACGUGUGGCUGGCAGCGAUCAUUUAUUGUUGCAUGAUGCUCAAAAAGUUCCCGUGGAAAGUACCAAAACUUUCCGAUAACUCCUUUAAACUUUUCGCCACACGAGAUGAAUCCAUGCCCUUACAGGAGGUAUUGAAGCAAACUCCUGCUGACUAUCCCCAAUCCCCAACGUCUCUCGAAAGUGUCCAAGAAAAUCUUGCAACUGUUAAUUUAGAUAACGCCACGAGCACUGACGGAAAGGCGCAUACUUCGACUGAAACUGGUGCUGGGCGUUUACUCAAUGCUUUACCCGAGGAGUGUCGUCCUUUAAUUGGCCGUAUGGUUGAGCUCCCUCCAGCUUGCCGUAUAUCUAUUGACGAUUGCUUCAAGGAUCCAUGGCUCCUGCUGGUUUCCAUGUGUACCGUUGAAGAGAACACAGAGUUUGGUGAGCCUAGAUAUUAUGUUCAAAGCUGCAGUAACCAUGACCACACCCAAGUGGACCAAUCCAAAGCUCAUAUUGCCGCUUUUGAGAAGAAAAAAAAGUGA